CCGGGAGGAGGGCGCGCGCCCAUCCUUUUAGCACCGCGAGAGGCGCCGGUGUUUGGAGCCGUGGCACCGGCAUCGGCUGACUCUGCUGCCUCCAGCUAGUUAUUUCGUCCUCUUCCGUUCUUCACCCCUACACCUUGAAGGUGAACUUCUCACCUGAGGGCUGUACAGACUAGUUUGAAAAUGGAGAGCCAAGAACCAACGGAAUCUUCUCAGAAUGGCAAACAGUAUAUCAUUUCAGAGGAGUUAAUUUCAGAAGGAAAAUGGGUCAAGCUUGAAAAAACAACGUACAUGGAUCCUACUGGUAAAACUAGAACCUGGGAAUCAGUGAAACGUACAACCAGGAAAGAACAGACUGCGGAUGGUGUCGCGGUCAUCCCCGUGCUGCAGAGAACACUUCACUAUGAGUGUAUCGUUCUGGUGAAACAGUUCCGACCACCAGUAGGGGGCUACUGCAUAGAGUUCCCUGCAGGUCUCAUAGAUGAUGGCGAAACCCCAGAAGCAGCUGCCCUCCGGGAGCUUGAAGAAGAAACUGGCUACAAAGGGGACGUUGCCGAAUGCUCUCCAGCGGUCUGUAUGGACCCAGGCUUGUCAAACUGUACCGUACACAUUGUGACAGUCACCAUUAACGGAGAUGAUGCCGAAAACGCAAGGCCAAAGCCAAAGCCAGGCCUUGCUGAAAUGUUCUCCUUCUGUUUAUUUCCAGGGGAUGGAGAAUUUGUGGAAGUCAUUUCUUUACCCAAGAAUGACCUGCUGCAGAGACUCGAUGCUCUGGUAGCUGAAGAACAUCUCACAGUGGACGCCAGGGUCUAUUCCUAUGCUCUAGCGCUGAAACAUGCCAAUGCGAAGCCAUUUGAAGUGCCCUUCUUGAAAUUUUAAGGCCAAAUAUGACACUGGCCACUUUUGUAAACGAGACCACCAGGCCUUCUUCACUAAGACUUUGUAUUCAACUUAGUUUAAUAUAGAUUUGCCAUUAGCUUUUUCAUAAAAUAAAAGCACAGAGCAGA